UCAGUGCUUUGUUCCCAGCAUGUACAUGAAAUUGCCGUUUGUGUUCAGGGAGUGUAUGAGCAUCUAGUGAUGAUGUGUUAAGCUGGCUGUAAUUUCUCUGCAGAGCUAGGGCUCUAAAAGGCUGAAAGGUGUGGCCCAGCAGAGAUCCAGCUUGUCAACCUCAUCAAACAUUUCUAACAGAUUUGUUGACAAGCAGUAAGAGUGAUUGCUUUGAGCUGUAAGUGCUGUAGCUUUCCCCGACCUGGGCUCUCGAGGACAUGCCAAGCAUUGUUACAACUCUCAGUGAGCCAGAAGUCAGCCGGCCCCUGCACAAACAUUCCUGUGUGUACAAGGCUCUCUGUCGUGGCCCUGCAGCCUGAGAAAAUAGGCCACUGCGUGGAGACGCCAGAGCUGGGUGGCCAGCUGCGGUGCGGUUGAGAAGCAGCGAUGGAAGAACAGGUGAUGAUUUACGGCUGCAGGUGGUUAAGGUAGAACGUCAUGACAUGAAUACCCUAAGCUUGCCCCUAAACAUACGUCGAGGGGGGUCAGACACCAACCUCAACUUUGACGUACCAGAUGGCAUCCUGGACUUCCACAAGGUCAAACUCAGCGCGGACAGCCUGAAACAAAAGAUUCUAAAGGUGACAGAGCAGAUCAAAAUCGAGCAAACCUCCCGCGAUGGGAACGUUGCAGAAUAUCUGAAACUAGUCAACAGUGCGGACAAGCAGCAGGCUGGCCGUAUCAAACAAGUCUUUGAGAAGAAGAAUCAGAAAUCAGCGCACUCCAUCGCCCAGCUGCAGAAGAAGUUAGAACAGUACCACCGAAAGCUCCGGGAGAUCGAGCAGAACGGAGCCUCCAGAAGCUCCAAGGACGUUUCUAAGGACAUCCCGCACUCUCUGAAAGAUGCCCAGGUCAAGUCUCGAACUGCUCCCCACGGCAUGGAGAGCAGUAAAUCGGGCAUGCCGGGGGUCUCCCUCACUCCACCUGUGUUUGUCUUCAAUAAGUCCAGAGAGUUUGCCAACUUGAUCCGGAAUAAGUUUGGCAGCGCAGACAACAUCGCUCACUUAAAAAAUUCCUUAGAGGAUUUUAGGCCUGAGGCGAGUGCCAGGGUCUACGGGGGCAGCGCGACCACUGUGAACAAACCCAAGUAUGGCAGUGACGAUGAGUGUUCGAGCGGCACGUCGGGCUCCGCCGACAGUAAUGGGAACCAGUCAUUUGGGGCCGGGGGACCUGGCACGCUGGACAGCCAGGGGAAGCUCUCCAUGAUCCUAGAGGAGCUGCGGGAGAUCAAGGAUACCCAGGCACAGCUGGCUGAGGACAUCGAGGCCCUGAAAGUGCAGUUUAAGAGAGAAUACGGUUUUAUUUCUCAGACCUUGCAAGAGGAAAGAUACAGGUACGAGCGACUAGAAGACCAGCUCCAUGACCUGACGGACCUGCAUCAGCACGAGACGUCCAACCUGAAACAGGAGCUGGCCAGCAUCGAGGAGAAGGUGGCCUACCAGGCCUGCGAGCGCUCCCGGGAUAUCCAGGAAGCCUUGGAAUCCUGCCAGACGCGCAUUUCUAAGCUGGAGCUCCACCAGCAAGAGCAGCAAGCCCUGCAGACGGACACAGUGAACGCCAAGGUCCUCCUGGGCAAGUGCAUCAACGUGGUCCUGGCCUUCAUGACCGUCAUCUUGGUGUGCGUGUCCACCAUCGCCAAGUUCGUCUCACCCAUGAUGAAGAGCCGCUUCCACAUCCUUGGCACCUUCUUUGCUGUGACUCUCCUGGCGAUAUUUUGUAAAAACUGGGACCAUAUUCUGUGUGCCAUAGAAAGAAUAAUAAUACCCAGAUGAAGCCACUGGUCCCUGCCUUCAGGUUCUUUCAGGUUUUUACUUUACAGAAAACUGUGCAUACUACCAAAUUUGAAAAUGAACAGUUGUGCCAACCGAAGAUGGCACAAAGGCCUGGGACUGUGCGUUGUAAAUAACUACACUUCUCUUAACUCGGUAACAGUUGCCAGCUCAGUCCCUAGACCUGGUUAACGUGAAUCUGUUUCUAAGCUCUCCCCACGUUGCUCACUGCCUUAAUCAGACCAGAUUUUCUGCCCACCUGACUCGCCCAGUGUGGCAGACGUCUGGUUAUUGAGCAUUUGGCAUAAUUAAUUAGUGAUCCAGAAGAAAAGGGGAUUUAAACCUCUUUCUCUCUCAAGUCUGUCAAAAUGGAGCUCACCAUCAUUAGUGGUUGCAUUUUCCCUGAGUCUUGUAAGCACCCAGGAUGUGGCACAAGUCAGGGAGGGGAAGAAGCGCGGGUACUGGCCGUGUUGAGCACUCGCGGCCUGUGGAAAUACAGUAAAUCCCGUGUAAUCCAGCCGCUGUCCCACAGGUCUCUUAGUGCCCAGUGUCCACGGUGGCCUGUGGUGUGUGACUCUGUGUCACAUGGAAAUCUUACUACACACCUGUUUUUCCAUCCAAAGUCUAAUUUAGUUGUUCUGUUGCACUUUAAACGGUAAGACACGAGGAAUUGUGAAUGGGCUUUUGCCAACCCGGGGAGUUGGACCCUGAUUUCGUCUUACCUGGCUGUUGAAGGCUCAGCCUUCAAAGCAUGUAGAAAUGCUUCCAAAUCCCUCAUCAGACUGUGACUUUUCUGUUAAUUUGGGGUCCUGUAAGCACGACUCCGGAGGUUUGUGUUUCAGCAAAUCUUAAUUGUGACAAACCCCCUUUGGGGAUGUGCUUCACUUUAUUCCCAGGUCUGUGAGGGAUUGCGAAGCCUACUCAGUAAAUGAAAAUACAUGAUGCUCAUGAUGCAGGGUUGUUGUUUUUUUCCCUUUAAGAAAGACAACAGAAGCACAGUUUAUAAAGUUAAAGUACACUAAGGUAAGAACACUGGAAGCAGGAGGAAAAUAUGACAUGUGAUUUAAUUGCAUGGCUGCUGGAUCAGUGGAAGUUCACUGGAUGAAGAUAGAAAGGGUCCUCUUAGGACCCUGAGAGACCGGUCAGAGGAAAAUAAAUUAGAACCAGUGUCUGAGCCACAGUUACCAUCUCACUCAGGAUCUCACUGAAGAUAUAAGUUGUACGAUAACAGAGUGGCCACAUUUCCACUGAGGUAAAAGCAUUCAAAAGCUAAUAUCUGGCCUAUUUUGGGGAUGCCAUUCACUGUCUUCCGCCCAGAUGAUACUUUCCUUUAAAUCUGUUCCUCUGUGUACAUAAAAGGAA